AUGGUUAAGAAUCAAAGAAUAGAAAUAUUAAUAACGAUAGUAAUUUUAGAUUUUGCCCGAGUAAUGAGCAUCACCAUAGCGAUGAGUAAAGAUUUAUGUUCAUUUAGAUUUAUGGAUGCCGCUCAAAUGAAGACCGGCUCGCGGUCCGGAUCGUUAGAAUCGCUGGGCGAGCAACUAGAUUCGGCACAGUCUGCCGAAUCUCUUGAAACAUCCGACAACCAUUUAAAUCACCUAAAUCAUCACCAUCUUUCCAACCUUGGAAUGCUCUUAGGGAAUAUACCGAAUGUUCCAAACGUCCAUUUCACCCGUGUAGAUAAUCUAUUAAAUGUCAACAGUCAAGCCGAUCAACUUUUUGCAACGAGUCAAACACAGCAAAGUGAUGCUAAAGGAUACAGAUGUACUGGAUGCAAAAGUCGUGAAUCCGAUGCAGUAGCUAGAUGUUUAGAUUGUGCCAAUUUUUUAUGUCCAAACUGCGUGAUGGCUCAUCAAUUUAUGCACUGUUUUGAAGGCCACCGCGUACUCAACGUUGCAAAUCUAAAGGAUCAGGACAAUUCUAUUACCGGUCCAUUAUCAGAAAGCUUGAGCGCAUUAGGAUCUCGUUUAUUAGGCGCAGCAACGAAUGGGUCCACAGUUACAUGUCCACGACACAAGCAGCAAUUUACAUUGUUCUGUCAGCCUUGUUUGGUGCCAACUUGUGUGGAAUGCGCAAAUAUCGGCGAACAUCUUUCACACGAGAUGACACCGCUCCAAGAAGCAGGUCCCAGACAACUUGCCGAAUUAUUGCGCAGCGCGCAGCAGGCUCGAGACCGAGCUCAAGAUAUGCGCACACAGGCUGCACGUGCGGAACACGCUCAGUUGUCGUGUCGGACACAGCAGCGAAAAGCAAACGACGAGAUCAAUGAUACUUUCCAAUUCUACAGAUCUAUGCUGGAGGAGCGCAAGCAAGAGUUGCUGCGCGAACUUGAAUCAGUCUCAGCUUCUAGGCAGACAGCGUUAGCGUCGCUUGCUCGCACAGGAACUGAAGCAGCAGAUCGUAUCCAACAAGUUUGCGAUUUCGUAGAUAAGCUCACCAGGCGCGCCACUGUUUCAGAAGUUCUUGUAUUCCGUAAGCUGCUCGAUCAGAAAUUAAACUCAUUAUCAGGAAUCGAAUUCGUAUCAAACUAUCAAGCCAUUCAGGUCGGCGUGAGAAAUACGUUUGGUUAUAUACGUUCCAACUCAGAACCGUCAUCGAACCAAUCACAGAAAAAGGCACCAAUAGCUCGACCAGUUCCUUCUAAUUUAAGUACAAAUAAUACUUCUCCAUCAGACACAUCUAGUGGAACUACUUCAUUGAAUGGCAGUUCUGGAAGCUUAAAUGGCAUUUCCCAUCUCAAUGCUCUCAACUCUCUUAAUUCAAUUAAUUCUUUGCAUUCCUCCAAUACUCUUACUUCUAGCACUGGUAAUAGUAUAAUUGAGAGAAGUUUUGCAACAACUAUAGCACCCCCAACAUCGGUGUCAAAUAAUCCUUCGAGUGCAAUAAUAAUCUCAAAACGAUUUAAUUCAGCUAAUAGUUUGGGACCAUUCUCAACAACAUUAUCUGAGGUGAAUCCCUACGAAAAAUGGUCAAAUGGCGGCUGUGAGAGACCACCAGUUCCAUCAACCAAUAAUAUAAUGAACGGAAUAGAAUCAAACAGCGUCUUAGAACUUACAUCAAAACUAAUGUCAGCUUCAGUAUUUCCACCAAAAUCUCAAAUCAAAAGGCAAAAAAUGAUUUACCAUUGCAAAUUUGGAGAAUUUGGUGUAAUGGAAGGUCAAUUUACUGAACCCAGUGGUGUAGCUGUAAAUGCGCAAAAUGACAUUAUUGUAGCAGAUACAAAUAACCAUAGAAUUCAGAUAUUUGAUAGAGAAGGUAGGUUCAAGUUCCAAUUUGGUGAAUGCGGUAAACGCGACGGCCAACUUUUAUACCCGAAUCGAGUAGCUGCUGUAAGGACAUCUGGAGAUGUAGUAGUCACUGAAAGAUCGCCCACGCACCAAAUACAGAUUUACAACCAGUAUGGUCAAUUUGUCCGAAAGUUUGGCGCUAAUAUUCUACAACAUCCCAGAGGUGUUACUGUUGACAAUAAGGGAAGGAUAAUAGUUGUUGAGUGCAAGGUAAUGCGCGUGAUAAUUUUCGACCAAACGGGCAACGUUUUGCAGAAAUUUGGUUGCAGUAAGCACCUGGAAUUCCCGAAUGGUGUUGUCGUCAACGACAAACAAGAAAUUUUCAUAUCCGACAAUCGAGCGCAUUGCGUAAAAGUGUUCAACUAUGAGGGGGUGUACUUGAGACAAAUAGGUGGCGAAGGCAUCACCAAUUACCCCAUUGGCGUAGGAAUAAAUGCUGCUGGAGAGAUUCUGAUUGCGGACAAUCACAACAACUUCAACUUGACUGUAUUCACUCAGGAUGGUCAAUUGGUUUCGGCGCUUGAGAGCAAAGUCAAGCACGCCCAAUGUUUCGAUGUUGCGCUAAUGGACGAUGGCAGCGUCGUCCUGGCUAGCAAGGACUACCGACUCUAUAUCUAUAGGUAUGUCCAGGUGCCUGUUCUGGGCUUGUAACUCACCAACCUACAAGAAUUCAGUGGCAUCAGAUUUGUAACUUGGUUCAUCGCUUUACGAAACUUCAAAACUAUCAAUGCAAUGUACUGAAAUAUGUUUCAUAGAGAAGUCAGGUAUUUAAAAAAUCUUCUCAUACAUCUGUUUCAACAAAACCAUUAAUUUUCGGGUGAUAACAUCGGAGUUAUGUGUUCUAAGUGAGAUUAUUGUUAUUGCAUUUCCU